CAGGGGUUAAUUUAUUUCCUUGUAGUUUCGAUGCGUUUUUGAAAGAGAGCGAAAAAGAGAGGAAAAAAAACGCCUUUAUGUUCUGAAAGUUGAAAAAAUAAACAAAAUAAUAAACAAUUGUUUGUACGUUAUCACACAAGAGUAUAGAGAGAGGGUGUUGCUUCACCUUAACACAUUCAGUUCGACUCUCUCAACAGUAGAAGGCAAAGGUGAAAAUGCAGCUGGAGGUGAUUACCUUGGCCCUUUCAUUCGCGCUGUGUGGCACCUUCCCGUGGCACCAGACAUACUUGGGCCAGGAGGCUAAUCCCCGCGCUGAGCCUUGCCCUUCUGCUGAUCUUAUCGUGCCCUGUGAGUGCUGGGAGGAGGAAGAAAUCGCCGGGGUUGCGUCUAUGAGAUGUGACAGUGUGGACGCGGCUCAUGUACUGGAUACGGUAUUCCUUCAAGAUUUUCCUAAUCCCAAUCUGAUGAGUUUCACUGUGAGUCAUUCCAGCCUUGGGCAUCUUCAUCAGGAUAUCUUCCACGGAAAGACCUUCCAGAGCAUUCGGCUGACGGGGGGCGGCGUCUCCUCCUUGGCUCCAGGUGUGCUUGACAACUCGCGCGAAACUCUCACUCGUUGCUUCGUCAACGACAAUCAACUGAAGAAUUUCUCCCUGCAAGAUCUCCACCUUUUCCCGCACGUUGAUGCCCUGUACCUGAGCAACAACCAACUCCUGAGCAUCGACGCCCUGGUUGGCAUGCCCGAGCAGUCGACUCUCUCUGCCUUCUACGUGUCGAGCAACUACCUUACGAGCCUUCAUCCCGAUGUCUUCAAGUCAGUUCCCGGCAUCAGUUCUCUCCGCUUAGACAACAACAGACUAACGCAUCUCUCGCCCAGAAUCUUCUAUCCUCUGUAUAAGCUUGAAGUCCUGGCCAUCUACGGGAACACGAUCCUGCAACUGGGAACUGGUGACCUUUGGUUCUCGACCCCGAUACUACGAAGUCUUGACCUCCGGAACAACGGCCCGGGACUCCUCUGGGAAGCGGACGUCUUCAGAGGAGUCGGCUACGAUACGAAGGUGUACGUUUCCAACAACAGAUUUCACAAGCUGGAAUACGAUGUCUUCGGUCCCGUGUUGAAAAAUGUGUCUACCUUAUACGGCUUCGUUGAUUUUGUGGGUAAGCAUUUCUACUGCGACUGUUCCGUGCUGUGGCUUGUCAUGGACGAAACCUUGCAGAGACAUGCAUACUCUGCAAUAUGCAAGAAUUUCACGUACGUUGACGACCUGGACCGAGAUGUGAUGAUGGCAGAAUGCGCCACCGGGCCUAUGGUGAUUCGUGAUGGUGAAGAUGGUGGUUCGUGAUAGUGAUUCGUGAUGGUGAAGAUGGUGGUUCGUGAUAGUGAUUCGUGAUGGUGAUUGUGAUUGUGAAUCGUGAUGGUGAAUCGUGAUGGUGAUUCGUGAUGGUGAUUCGUGACAGUGAAGAUUGUUAGGGAUUUGUUUAAUGUCAAGUUUACAGUGUUUAAUAAAGCUGUGUGUUUAAUUAAA